GCGGCAAAGGGGCAACUUCGCAGGCGCAAAGCUCGGGCACGUGAACUUGCUGUGGCCCGUCUUGCCGAGGAGGCUUGCGAUAGAGCGGCCAAAGAAGCGGGACCAACGCUCCUUACGAGCGUGCCCCGUACGUCGCAGGCCCAGAAGCAGCAGAACCAAGCAGAUCGUCCAUCAUCGGAGGAUGUUACCGUUACCCCCAUGAGUUUCACUCACAUGCUUCAGAACCAGGAACAUGGCCUGGGCGUGGCAUACUAUGUUCUGCUGCGAGGAACGUUUGUUUGA